AUGCAGAUUUUGCCGCUGAGGACGUGUGUUGUCUUGCUAGCCAAUGCAUGCGUGUUAUUGUCACUCCGAAAUAAUGCAGAUCCGCGGACUAGGGACGGCGCAAGCGGACCCCACAACAGCACGUCCUCCUCCAGGACCUUUCACUGGUCCGCCGGCGACCGGCCCCAAAACAGACCGCGCACCGGGUACGCCACAGGUGCGUCCCCGUUGGAGGCGCAGACGCGCCAGUCAGUCGUUAAAGGAGGCUUUAACUCCUCUUACCCGUGGAAAAGGGUGGUCGCCGGUGAGACGAAGCGAGUGGGACACGUUAAACACAGCUCAAAUAGGACGAUGACUGCCGCGGAGGAUCCCGGCGCCGCGUCCCCGAACUGGUUCCCGCACAGGGAGCCGCACAGGGAGCCGGCGCGCCACCACAGGAGGAGAAAGUUGAAUGGCGAAAUUCCCGCCCUUGGUAGUGCGGGGACGCAAGCAGGUGGACACGACGAUACCGCCAAAUUCCCUUCGAGAGGGGGGCGAGGAGGGGGGCAGCACAAGGAGAGCGACAGGCUUAAGAGGGGCACAAAAGAUGAGCAGAAGAAAGCUUUCAAGCGGGGGAGAAAACGGCCCGACAAAAGCUCAAUGGCUUCGGCUCCAUGGGAACCGAUGCCCAAACCCGCUGCCCUCACCUCCACCGACAUGCCCUUUGACCUCUUCACCAGGAGAAACGAGUUCUUCACGUUCAGGGAGGAAAAUCCCUGGGACGCCACGCCAAUGACGCCUCCAAACCCGCCGGACUUCGGCAACGAGAUCAAAAACCCGUUUUAUCCGGUGACGAGCGAAACCUACGGCGCCUACGCCACCACCUGCGUCUCGGGCGUCAUCUUUGUCGUGGGAAUCGCGGGGAACAUCGCGAUACUUUGCAUCGUGUGCCAGAACUACUACAUGAAGAGCAUCUCCAACUCUCUGCUGGCCAACUUGGCCGUGUGGGAUUUCGUGCUCAUCCUGUUCUGUUUGCCAAUGGUCGUUUUCCACGAACUGACCAAGUCCUGGUUGCUGGGGGAAUUCACCUGCAAAGUUGUGCCCUAUUUGGAGGUGGCCUCGCUGGGCGUAACCACGUUCACCCUGUGCGCUCUGUGCAUCGACCGGUUUCGCGCGGCCACCAACGUCCAGAUGUACUAUGAGAUGAUUGAGAACUGCACCUCCACCACUGCCAAGCUGGCUGUCAUCUGGAUCGGUGCUCUCCUGUUGGCCCUCCCGGAGCUCCUCAUCCGCCAGCUGGUGGCCGAGGACACGGGAAUCCCAGACGAGCCUCCGGUGGAGCGCUGCAUCAUCAGGAUAUCGACCUCGCUGCCCGACAUGCUCUAUGUGCUGGGCCUGACGUACGAGGGCGCACGGCUCUGGUGGUGUUUCGGCUGCUACUUCUGCCUCCCGACCCUCUUCACCAUCGGCUGCUCACUGGUGACGGCGCGCAAGAUCCGGCACGCCGAGCAGGCCAGCGUGCGAAGCAACAAGAAGCAGAUACGCCUGGAGAGCCAAAUGAACUGCACGGUGGUGGCGCUGGCCAUCGUCUACGGUGCCUGCGUGGUGCCCGAGAACAUCUGCAACAUCGUGUCGGCGUACAUGGCGGCCGGCGUCCCCGAGCACACCAUGUCCGUGCUCCAUCUUCUCUCUCAGCUGCUGCUCUUCUGCCGGGCCGCGGUGACGCCGGCGCUGCUGCUGCUCCUGUGCCGUCCGCUCGGCAGGGCCUUCUUGGACUGCUGCUGCUGCUGCUGCUGCUGCAACCACACACCCUCCUCGGCCACGGCGAGCGAUGACAACGAACAUGAAUGCACCACCGAGUUGGAGCUGUCGCCAUUCAGCACCAUCCGCAGGGAGCUGAGCAACUACACCCCUGCGGGCUCCAACUGCUAA